UGAUACAGAAGCAAAACUACCAACCCAACUACUAACCUCACUGCGUUGGUACACAUGGUCUUUGUCUAUAUUUUCCAUUCAGCUUUGUUAAAUGGAUAAAGAUAUAUUUAUACCUCACAAUUUUACUCCGUAAUAGUUAGAUUUUUUUGUCCCUUGCAAGAAUUAUUUUCGUUCACUUAGUUGAGUGAAGUACCACUCCAGUGCAAGAGGCUCAUAACCUCAGUGAUCCAACUUUGUUUGUUUUGGUCAGAUCUUCAUCAUAUCGUUUAAAAUAGGUAUAGAAGUACCCACACUGUUCCAGUGCAUACUUUUUUCUCAUGAAUCUUUUGACGUUUACCUAGAAAACAGGAAAAAUGUUCCAACAGACAGCUCUUGGGGCUAAUACUUCAUUUGGAGCUACCCGCACUCAAGCUGCCACCAAUGUUGUGAAAGAUUUUGAGGUGGUGUCACCACCUGAAGAUUCGAUUUCUUCUUUAGAGUUCAGCCCUGCUGCUUUACAGCAGAAUUUCCUAGUUGCAGGAAGUUGGGACAACUAUGUACGCUGCUGGGAGGUGGAACAAACUGGAAAAACUGUUCCUAAAUCAAUGCAAAACUGUGAUGGACCUGUUUUGGAUGUCUGCUGGACAGAUGAUGGAACCAAGGUGAUGAUGGCCUCAUGCGAUAAGCAGGUCAAGUGCUGGGACCUAGCUAGUAACCAGACUGUUCAAGUUGCUCAGCAUGAUGCCCCUAUAAAAACAUGUCACUGGAUUAAGAGUCCUAAUUACACAUGCCUAAUGACAGGCUCCUGGGAUAAGACGCUCAAGUUCUGGGAUAUGCGUAGUGCAAAUCCUAUAAUGACCAUCACUCUUCCAGAGAGAUGCUAUGGUGCAGCUGUGGAUUACCCAAUGGCAGUAGUCAUAACAGCAGGGAAACAACUAAUUAUUUAUCAAUUAGAGGGAAAGCCCCAAGAGUUCAGGCGGGCUGAAACAAACUUAAAGCAUCAGCAUCGUUGUGUUGCAAUAAUGAGAGAUAAAAAGAGCUCACCAACAGGGUAUGCUGUGGGAAGUGUAGAAGGCAGAGUGGCCAUUCAAUACAUCAACGCACAAGGUCCUAAAGAUAAUUUCACUUUCAAAUGUCAAAGAAUUAAUGGUCCUAACAACCAAUAUCAGGAGAUUUAUGCUGUCAAUGAUAUUGCCUUCCAUCCAUUGCACAACACAGUUGCCACUUGUGGCAGUGAUGGAACUUACAACUUUUGGGAUAAAGAUGCCAGAACUAAAUUAAAAUCAUCAGAGCAAUUUGACCAACCAAUCACUCGCUGUUGCUUCAAUCAUAAUGGCCAAAUAUUUGCAUAUGCUCUCAGCUAUGACUGGCACAAGGGCCACGAAUUCUACAACCCUCAGAAGAAGAAUGGCAUCUUUCUUCAUCCAUGUUAUGAAGAUACAAAACCUCGCAACUUAACAACUUCUUAAACUCACAUUAAUUCUGAAAAUCUUUUUUCAAUCAGGUUUUAAAUGUAUGUAUAUAGUUGAAUAUCUGUGCCGAUCAGUAAAUGUAAUUCUUUUUUAAAAGAA